CCCGGCCGGCCCCGGCUGCCGGAGAGCGGGCGCGCACCGCGGCCCAGCCCCGGGGAACGGCCGCCCCUGGGCCGCGCUCGGCGGCGGGGCUGCGCGUCAUGGCGGCCGGGCGCCUGCCACCGGCAGCGCUCACCCUGAGGCAGUUCCUGAGGCGACAGCAGGUUCUUCAGUUGUACAGGAAGAUCCUGCGGGCUAUCCGUGAGGUCCCUGCAGAAGCAGAUCGUCACUAUUUAAAGGACUGGGCCAGGGAAGAAUUCAGGAGAAAUAAGGAUGCUACAGAAGAGGACGCGAUCAGGAUGAUGAUUACUCAAGGGAACAUGCAACUUCAGGAACUUCAAAGAGCGCUUAAGCUGGCAAAAUCCUGAUCUUAAUUUCUGUUGACAGCUGGAUUUUCAUCUGCUGCAAACAAACAUAGUAUUUUUUUCCAGAAUGUGGUUGUAAUAGCAGCUUUUGCUGACAACCUGGUAAUGUUUGAAGGUGGGCUCUGCCACAGUGGGGUUUUAGUUUGUUUUUUCCCCUUCCUGUUCUUCUUGGUUUGCUUACCCUCCUGUGUGGAAAUCACCCUGACAAAGAACUUCAAAAAAGUGAAUGGAUGAUGUAGCAUGUGAUGUGAGAAAAGCAGAAAGCACCAAAAAUUACAGCAGCGGUGUUGUGCCAGGGAAAUGGAAAAUAAAUGUAAGCCACAUCAUUUUACCUGUUUUCUAUUGUGGCAACUCUUAAGUGGUAACAUUCAUCGUGGUAACAGCUCUUUCUGGACUGUGCCAAGGAUUUGUACCAAAACUUGAGAUUAAAAAAUGCAUUUGGGAUAAAUAAAUGGGCCCAAGACAAACACAAUAAAACAUUAAGAAAAUG